ACGCAAAAGGGAGGCGGGGCCCCGCCGGGCCCUGAUUGAAGGGCUGGGGGCGCGGCCGGGGCGGGGAUACGGGUCAAAGUAUAAUACUUGUGAGAAGCCUUGCGCGGUACCUGCUUCAGGGUGCGUGGUGAUAGGGUGGCGACCAUGCGGAAAGUGGUCUUGAUCACCGGGGCGAGCAGUGGCGUUGGCCUAGCCCUCUGCAGGCGGUUGCUGGAGGAAGACCAUGAGCUUCACCUGUGCUUGGCGUGCAGGAACAUGAGCAAAGCGGAAGCCGUCCGCACUGCUCUGCUGGCCUCGCACCCCACCGCCGAGGUCUCCACCGUGCAGGUGGAUGUCAGCAGCCUGCCGUCAGUGUUCCAGGCCUCCAAGGAGCUCAAGCAAAGGUUUCAGAGAUUUGACUACGUAUAUCUAAAUGCUGGGAUCAUGCCUAAUCCACAGCUAAAUAUCAAAGCACUUUUCUGUGGCCUCUUUUCAAGAAAAGCGAUUCAUAUAUUCUCCACAGCUGAAGGAGUGCUGACCCAGAGUGAAAAGAUUACUGCCGAUGGCCUCCAGGAGGUGUUUGAAACCAAUGUCUUUGGCCACUUUAUCCUGAUUCGGGAACUGGAAUCUCUCCUGUGUCAUAGUGACAGUCCGUCUCAGCUCAUCUGGACAUCAUCUCGUAAUGCAGUGAAAUCUAAUUUCAGCCUUGAGGACAUCCAGCACAGCAAAGGCCAGGAGCCCUACAGCUCUUCCAAAUAUGCUAUUGACCUUCUGAGUGUGGCUUUGAACAGGAACUUCAACCAGCGGGGGCUGUAUUCCAGUGUAGCGUGCCCAGGUACGGUGUUGACCAAUUUGACAUAUGGAAUUAUGCCUCCCUUUGUGUGGACGUUGAUCAUGCCAAUCAUAUGGCUGUUACGCUUUUUUGCAAAUGCUUUCACGUUGACACCAUACAAUGGAACAGAAGUACUGGUCUGGCUUUUCCACCAAAAGCCCGAGUCUCUCAAUCCCCUGGUGAAAUAUCUGAGUGCCACCACUGGCUUUGGAAGCAAUUACGUAACGUCCAAAAAGAUAGACCUAGAUGAAGACACUGCUGAAAAAUUUUACCACAACUUACUGGAACUGGAAAAGGAUAUUAGGGUCACCAUUCAAAAAACCAAAAACCAGAGCUGAAAAUGGUGCUCUCUGAGCACCAUUUUCAUGCCUUCUGUGGAUUCUGGAACACGUGGGUUUCUGCUGAGUUGGAUGAUGUGCAUUUGUGGUAAACUGUGAGCUCUGAUUGUCUCUUUGUUUCAGAAUUACCUCUAUGACUGUGCAUGUGUUUGUGCACGUGAGAAAAAGAUUGGUAAAAUAUCAUAUAUUCUUAAGAAUGGUGUUAUAUCAAAAUUGUGCUAGUCACAGUUUGUUUAUUCUGCGAACUGGAGCCCCAGCUACACUUCAUGGGAUGAGGUGUAGACUUGAAUAAUCAUGACACAGACACACACUGGUUCUCCUUUUCACCUGCCCCAGCAGGAGGAAAUACUGCCCAUUCUCUGAGUGACCAUCUUAGCCUUGUUCCUUUCAAGUAGUUUUCCUAGGUCUUGUAUCUUAUUUCUUCUUCCAUAUACUGCUUUUACCAAUCCUAAUACAGAUGCCCAUGUAAUUAAUCAUAGUAACAAAAGUAUAUGUAUUUGGGCCACUUGAAUUAUUUUUUUCUUAUUUUAAAAACGUCUUUUAUUGAGAUUGAUUUAGUCCAUGUUAAUAGUGGGCCUGACCUUUAACACAAUUUGCAAAUUUGUUUAUUACUGACCCACUCGUUUUCAUGACAUUUUAGUGGAUGUAAUCUUGCAGCAAAAAUGAUUUAUUCAGAUUGUUUCAAUGAAAUUUUCCAAUUGAAUAAUUACUGGUGGAAUGUCUCCUGGUAUCAGUAGUGGUCGAAAGUGGUUAGGACUUAGUUUGCAUGAUAUGAAGACAAAAUGCUAAGAUGCCUAGAUGUUUCAACCAACACCUGUAAUAUAAUAGAGUUACAGUUUGAAUGAGUUAAUGUGAAAAAUUAUAUGUAAAUAUAAUUUCUUUACAUUUUAAAGUAUGGAUUUUUGGUUAUACUUUAAGUUUGUUGCUAAAGAUAUUUUUAAUAACAAUAAACGUAUGUGAAAAUGAGGGCUGAACACUCCACUGUCUUCAAGAAAGAAGGGUAAAGUUGGAGAGCUGAAAGCAGAGCUGGUUUUUGAUCUUCUGUUCACUCGCUGUUAAUUGGGAAGAAGGACUUUGUUAUGGAUCUCAAACUCUUCAUCUGUGAAGGAAUUAUCUUUCUGCUUCCUCUGUUCAUGGCUAUGAAGUGAGCAUUAAAUGCAAUGAUAUAUGUGAAUGACUAAAGAGCAUCUUUUGAGAAUGAUGACUACAAAGUUUUUAUUAGAGAUUAAUAAGCCAGAGUGUCAUAGUUGAAAUAUUACUGUGUAAGGCACUGAGUGACCACGUCUCAUCUGACUGAGAGUUGGUUCUGUUUCCCGAAUGUUUUGUUUUAAAUUGAAGUACAGUUGACUUAGUGUUUCAGAUGUACAGCAAAGUGAUUCAGUUAUUUAUAUAGACGUAUAUUUCAGAUUCUAUUUCAUUAUAGGUAUUACAAGAUAUUGAAUAUAGUUCCCUGUGCCAUACAGUAGUUCCUUGUUGUUUGUUUUACACAUAGUAACAUGUAUCUGUUAAUCCCGAACUCCUAAUUUAUCUCCCCCAGCCCUGCUAUCCCCUUUGGCAACCAUAAACUUGUUUUCUUUGUCUGUGAGUCUAUUUGUUUUAUAAAUAAGUUCAUUUGUAUCAUAUUUUUAGAAUACAUGUAUAAGUGAUAUCGUGUGAUAUUUGUCUUUCUGUCUGACUUACCUCACUUAGUAUAAUAAUCCCUGGGUCCAUCCACGUUGGUGCAAAUGGCGUUAUUUCAUUCUUUUUUAUGGCUGAGUAGUAUUCCAUUGUAUAUUGUAUGUGUGUGUGUGUGUGUCUGUAUAUCACAUAUUCUUUAUCCAUUCAUCUGUCUGUGGACAUUUAGGUGGCUUCCAUGUCUUGGCUAUUGUGAAUAGUGCUGCUAUGAGCAUAGGGGUGCUUGUAUCUUUUCCAGUCGGAGUUUUCAUCUUUUCCAGAUAUAUACCCAGGAGUGGGAUUGCUGGAUCAUAUGGUAACUGUUUUUACAUUUUUAAGGAACCUCCAGACUGUUCUCCAUAGUGGCUCUACCAAUUUACAUUCCAACCUACAGCAUAAGAGGGUUCCCUUUUCUCCACACCCUCUCUAGCAUUUACUAUUUGUAGACUUUUUUUUUUAAUAUGUUUUGGCUCUGUUGGGCCUUCAUUGCUGCGCACGCAGGCUUUCUCUAGUUGCGGCGAGCGGGAGCUACUCUUUGUUGCGGUGCGUGGGCUUCUCACUGUGGUGGCUUCUCUUGUUGCGGAGCACGGGCUCUAGGCACCCAGGCUUCAGUAGUUGUGGCACGCAGGCUCAGUAGUUGUGGCGCAUGGGCUUAGUUUCUCCAUGGCAUGUGGGAUCUUCCUGGACUAGGGGUUGAACCCAUGUCCCCUGCAUUAGCAGGUGGAGUCUUAACCACUGUGCCACCAGGGAAGUCCCUAUUUGCAGACUUUUUGAUGACGACCAUUCUGACCGGUGUGAGGUGAUACCUAUUGUAGUUUUGAUGUGCAUUUCUCUAAUUAGCAAUGUUGAGCAUCUUUUCAUGUGCAUUUUGGCCAUCUGUAUGUCUUCUGUGGAGAAAUGUCUAUUUAGGUCUUCUGUUCAUUUUUUUUGAUUGCGGUAUUUGGUUUUGUUUCAACAUUGAGUGGUAUAAGCUAUUUGUAUAUUUUAGAAAUUAACCCCUUGUCAAUCACAUCAUUUGUAAAUAUUUUCUCCCAUUCUGUAGGUUGUCUUUUCAUUUUAUUGAUGGUUCCCUUUGCUUUUAAACUUCUAAGUUUAAUUAGGUCCUGUUUAUUUUUGCUUUUAUUUCUUUCUUUUACUUUAGGAGAUGGAUACAAAAAAGUAUUGCUGCAAUUUAUGUGUUCUGCCUAUAUUUUCCUCUAGGAGUUUUAUAGUAUCCACUCUUACACUUAGGCAUUUAAUCCAUUUUGAGUUUUUUUUUGUAUAGAGUAUUAGAGAAUGUUAUAAUUUCAUUAUUUUACAUGUAGCUGUCUAGUUUUCCCAGCACCACUUAUUGAAGAGACUGAAUUUUCUCCAUUGUAUAUUCUUGCCUCCUUUGUCGUAGAUUAAUUGACCAUAGCUGUGUGGGUUUAUUUCUGGGCUUUCUAUCCUGUUCCUUGAUCUAUGUGUCUGUUUUUGUGUCAGUACCAUACUGUUUUGAUGACUAUAGCUUUGUAGUAUAGUCUUUAGUCAGUGAGCCUGAUUCCUCCAGCUCCGUUUUUCUUUCUCAAGAUUCCUUUGGCAUUUCAGGGUUUUAUGUUUCCAUACAAAUUUAAAAAUUUUUUGUUUUAGUUCUGUGAAAAAUACCAUUAGUAACUUGAUUGAUAGGGAUUGCAUUGAAUCUGUAGACUGCCUUGGGAAGUAUGGUCAUUUUCACAAUAUCGAUUCUUCCAAUCCAAGAACACAUUAUAUCUUUCCGUUUAUGUCAUUCUCAAUUUUUCAUCACCAUCUUAUAGUUUUUGGAGUACAGGACUUUUGCCUCCUUAGGUAGGUUUAUUCCUAGAUAUUUUAUUCUUUUUCAUGCAAUAGUAAAUGGGAUUGUUUCCUUAAUUACUCUUUCUGAUAUUUCAUUGUUAGUGUAUAGAAAUGCAACAGAUUUCUGUG